GCUAAUGUGAACCGUAUGGUAAAGAAAAAAGGACCCCUUCGAAUACUGUAUUUUGACGGAUACCUCUGCUGUAACAGCAUCAAUGCCUCGCUUUGCACUGGAUGUUUGCGCUCAGUGCCAACAGAGAGGGAUUUUGCAGUAGCUCGCGCCGAUGGUUCUAGACGUGGGAGCUACAGCGAUGGGAUGAUCCACAUGUUGACUAAUAGUUGUUUAGAAAAAAUAUGUAUUUAGCUAAAGAGAUUAACUCAAACAUACAUCCCUUAAGAUCAUCACAACGCCGUGACUCGCGCGCGCUCCACUGAAUGGAGCAGAAUGUCUCCACCAGUGUCGACUCUGCUGUCCGGACUGUGGCUGUGCUUGGUUCUGUCUCGUGCUGCUAGUUCGAUGUGGCAGGCCUGUGACAAUGGCAAGCUCUUGCUGGGGAGAGACCUGCCCCCCUCACUUGCGUGGAGCUGUCCUGUGAUUUCCUGGCCUGAGUCCACCACUCAGAAGAUUCCUAGCAUUGACACAAAGUAUCCCCCACAGCCGAUCGAGCACGUCUGCAUGGACACACCGAUCACCUACAAUCACACUAUCCCCAACAGUGGUGCUCACCGGACUGUAGGGGCAGAGAGUGGAGAGUACCUGUACUGCCCCCCUCAACGCUGGCUCAACAACCUGCAGCAUGGAGCAACAGUGUUGCUGUACCAUCCAUGUGCUCCUGUUCGUCAGCGUGACCUGCUGUCUGUCCUGGGACACUGCUGUCUGUCUGACUAUAUCAUAACGCCACACCCUGACCUCAGCACAUACCGGCCGUUAGCGCUGGUGUCCUGGGGUCGCACGCUGGAGCUGUCCCACGUGACCACGCUGGAGGUCUGUGAUUGGCUGCAGUUGACAGCGGCACACGAUAACCGUGGCGACGUGGGUCAAAGCAGACAGUAUAACUUGCUGUUGACCCAUCCUGCAGAUCACAAACACGCAUACCCAAAGCAAAAGUCUCUGAGGCAGUGCUGUGAGGAGUCCCUCUCUCUGCUCCUGGAUGGACGGUUGGAGGUGGCAGACUGGGGGAGAGGGAGGGUCCGCAAGAGCCGAGCUACACUCAGGAAGGAGGGGAAGGAGAAGAAGAGACGGGCCAUCCUGGACAGAACCGAGCCGAACAGAGUCCAGAAACAUGGAACCACGCUCAAACCUGAAGCACAGAGCCCAUCCACACUGAGGGCUACACAGAGAGGCACGGACCGAGGACUCAAAGUGACUCAAUCUCGCCGCAGAGAAAAUUACACUAAUGAAAAAGAUCCCAGAGGCAAAGUGAGAGAAAAAGACUGGGUGAACCAGAACGAAGCAGAGGACAAGAGGCAGAGCGGGAAAACUGGAGACGUCCAGGAGAGAGAGGUGAAGAGCAGCAGAAACGAGGGAGAGAUACAGCACCUUAAGUCUCCAACCAAGUGGAAAAAGCAUCUUUCUCAGACUCAGCCCAAGCAGCUGGCUGUCACUCAGGCUAAAAGCCAGGACAGGAGAGCAGACUGUGAUGGUAGGGUGGGCCACUGCGAGUGCACUGAGACGGUAGCUCCGCUAGGGGGUGCUGCGGCUGGACCCGGUGACAGGAUGCCGCCCACUCCGCGGACAGACGAGGCGUUGUGGGCGGCAGCGGCGUUGGGCUUCCUCCUGGUGCUGCUGGUGCUGUCCGUGCUCCACACACGCCUCUACCGCCACUGGCGCACAACGCCCAGCAUGUACUGGCACGACCCCAAGCAGGACUACGACAGGGUGGCAGAUGUGAUCCGCAGGAGGCUGAAGAUGCCAGGGAGGAGGAAGAGGAGGGCGUCCAAGAGUCGAAGACAGGAGUGUGUCCUCCUACCACCGAGCUCCAGCACAGAGGAGGACGAGUAGAAACAGAUCUGUCUCAUCCCUCCAUCUGUUUAUUUACCCGUCUUGUCUUUAGCCCUGUGAGAAGAGAAGUACGAGGAGAGGACAUUGGGACCUAAAAGCAGGGUACUCCCACUGGCCUAAUAACAUUGCUCUGCUGAAGAAACUGAGCAUUUUAUGGAUUAUUUUGUAACGAGAUCUCAAACAGAUGAAUCUUCUAUUGCCGGUAGUUAAGAAGGAAUAUUUUAGUAUUUUAACUGUCAUAUAACACUCCAUAGUACAAAACCCCAUUCAAUCAGAUCACAUUACAGUAGAUCAUUCACAAUCACCGCUAAUGACACAAUUUUACUACACAUUCAAACAUGUUCACAUAGGGGCAGAUUCAGAUUUAGGAAAUGUAAGCCUUUCCUACACACUUCGAUGUAGUUGGUAUUCAGACUUGCCAAAUGAAGGUGUGCAAUAAGAUUUGCGGGUGUGGAUCCCACAAUAAAUGUAAUUAAAUCCCAGAAAACACACCCACUAGGUAGCUGACAGAAUUGACCAGGGAGUUUUCGUUCAAUUCGUUUUUCUGUUCAAUUAUCUAAAGCAAUCCCUUUAAAUAUUUAUUUAGACAGUGAAGCUAACAUUUUACAUUUUAGAUCAAAUGUUUCCUAUGAGGCGACAGUACAGAAUGUCACCUUUAAUUUGAGGGUAUUUUUGUACAUAUCUGUUUUACCGUUUGAAGAAGUAUUUGGACAAAUUCACUUAGUGUAUUAGUUGUCAAACGUUUCGUAUUUGCACUCAAUGAUUACAUCAAGCUUGUGACCCUACAAGAUUUUAUUGUAAGUAAGAAUAGAAUAUGUUUCUGAACACUUUACAUUAUCGAUAAUCAUGAAUGAAUCGUAAAUAAUGAGCCAUAAGCUUGAUGUAGUCUUUGAGUUCAAGGAAUAUGGAACCAAAUACUAAACUUUUGAUUACUUUACACUAAGUGAAUUUGUCCAAAUACUAACGACUUCUUCAAAUGGGUGG